UUGAUGAAAAGAGUUAAUCGAUGCUGAAUAUCGUUUGUGAGAGUCAUCUUAUCAUAUGCUGGCUUGCUGUGACACUUCAAUAUGGCCUUGAGUGGUCAUUGACGCAAGUAGGAUGGCGGCCAAUGUUUCCCAGGCUCAGCUUUUGGGUAAAAGGACCUCACGUGGUGAUGCUGAUCCGCCUUUGAAGCGAAUUUUAAGAGAACAUGAAGAUACGAAUAGCACAACAGGAAUUCAAUCGAAAGAAGCUAUUGUUGGUGACAACUCACGCAAUCAUUGCAUCGAGGCUGAGCUGCACCCAGCAUGUAACCCAAUCACUUGGAAAAAUGGUGACCCACCAUGCUGUAGGGAACUUGUGCUGUACAGCAUAUUGCAGACCAGCUUCCCCACAAACUCGUUUAGAGCGCGGGACGCAGCAUUGCUGGCCUUUGAACGUGCAGUGAACGGUGCAAAUCGAAUUUUGAAUUGCAAGGAUCAACUUUCUCCUUCACAGGUAACCUCUUACCUGAAGCGAGCUCCGACAAAGUCAACGAACUCCGGAAAGUAUCGUGGGCGCGUCAGGUGGGCCAGGUUUAGUGACUUGGUUUCGAAAAUCAUUCAGGGGCAUGGAGGGACUCUGCACCAUGCGUUGAAGAAUUGCAUGAUCGAAGCGGACAGGAGUGCGCUUCUUCGCGAUAUCGAUUUAGCUUUAGCUUCGUGGGAAUUUGCACCCAAUCAGACUGCGGAUCAUAAGCCUUUUGGAUUAUCUGAAAUCUCGGAGUUCUUUUAUUCGCAUGCCUCAACCUUUUCGCUCUGGCGGUUGGAUAACGAGGGAAAUGAAGGGUUGCAUUUAUUUUACUUUGGUGGAAGUCCCGCACAUGCUGUACGUAGCAUUAGAAUCCUGCCUAACCUUUCCUUUUCAACAUUCAUGUAUGGGAUACAAGUGCCUUUGCAGCUUGAUGUAUCUGAUAAUGUAGUGUCAUCAGCUGACCACUUUUCCAAACUUCUGCAUAUGUUGGCAACUGCCAGUGAAUGCUCUGGGUGUUCUUACAAUAAGUAUGAGAAGGUAGUGGAGACGCGUCCUGAAGGUGGUAUCUUCCGGGGUUCAGAUGGUACGGUGGUAGCGAAUCUUGAAGAAGCCUGGGUGCCACAACGCUGCAUUCGAACUGUUGUCUGUCCCCACCUGAUAGCUGCUGGGUCCAGGUGUGCAGCUUGUAAAUUGUUUGACGGAACGCUGAGGAAAGCACUCUCUCGGCUUUCGGACACACCCGUUUCUCCGCACACUGCCUUUAUACAUUUGUCACGUGAUGACUUAAUUCUACGCCUGCGUUCUGAGGCUAAACGGUUUGAGGAACUCAGCCGAAACUUUCAUCGGCUGCAGAAAAUGAGGGACGAAAUGAUUUCGUCUGUGGAUGAUGGUUUUUCAGAGGUUUUUAAAAACCUUCAAGACGGUAUGGACAUCAUACACGACAGAGUGCAAAACCCAAUAUGCAUGUGGGAAGGCUGCAAAAGGCAUUUUUCGGAAAUAAAAGAUCUUGUGCAUCAUUUGAAAUUUGACCACGUUCGAAAUAGUGCAUUGCAAUUGCACCCAUCCUACACUUGUAAAUGGAAAGAUUGCAAAUCCGGUCCUUUUCGGUCACGAAAGUUGUGUGAAACACACUUGCUUUUGCACACAGGUAAACCUGAAGAUGCUUUCUUUAGCCUUUUGUUGGCUGACCAGGCACGUGCCCUCGUGACACCUAGUCAUCAAAUGCGCUGGCACCCAUCAGUGCUUCGCUGGUGUAUGCAGCAACAUGCGCUGUCUGCUCAGUCGUACGAAAGACUAUAUUGA